UCGAAGUGCGCCAAUUAGCAGCGUCUAGAUGGCCGCAAAAAUAUUGUUGCUCAAAAAAUGCCGGUCGGAGUUUUUAAAUCUGUGCGCGAAGUAAGCAGCGAGGAUUCGGUGCAUGUGGCAGCCAAUCUACUACAGGAGAAUGCCGCCAAAAAAUGGAAAACGAAAGCGCCCGGCGAAAAGUCCGCUCAUGUUAUUCUGGAGUUCGAGGAGCCGCAACAAAUAACAGGCAUUGAUAUUGGCAACGAACAUGCGGCGUUUGUGGAGGUGCAAGUAAGUAGAUCCGGUUGCCAACCCGAUGACUUUAAAGAAUUGCUGCUUUCCUGCGCCUUUAUGACCUCAAUCGAAAGCAAAAACUCCAGCAACGCAAAUCGUGUGCGUUGCUUUGCCACAGAUGCUUUGAUAGCCACCACGCUGUCCGACAAGUGGAAGCUGGUGAAGAUUAUAUGCACACAGCCGUUCAACAAGCACGUUCAAUACGGAAUCUCGUUCAUUAAAGUGCAUGUGACGGCGUCUACUGCGUCGGCAGCAAAGCCCGCCACCAAAUCUUUGGUGCCUGACAAGUUCAAAUUGGCGCCAAAGCUCAACACAAGUCUUGUCAUGGGUCAGCUGAAGCUACGUGAAGAGUCGCCCGACUCUGAUCCCGAUGGGAAUGCGCUCUUCCAACGCUGGAAGGCGAGUCGCAAUGAGGUAAGCACAGCAGCGGCCAUACGAGAUGCUGCUUCACCUGCUGCACUGCGUCGCCUGAGCGAAACACGACCAGCUACACUCAAAGUGCAGGUUUCGCCGGCGCCUGUUGCUUCAAAGCCAGCUGCCAAGACCGAGGGCAAACCGCUGGAUCGCAACCGUGAAGCACUGCUCUUUGGCGACGAUGAGACAGAAGAGGAGGAGAAGGAUAGCAAGGAAGCAAGGAGACAGCGUCUUAGCAAGCAUCUCGAGGCGGACAAGAACAGACGCCGCUUAGAGCUCGAAGAGCUGGAGCAACAAAAGAAAGCCAAGUCCAAGCGGCAGUCCAUUGAUAAACCGACGAUUAAGGAAACUCCCAAAGUGGUGACCAGCGAAAGUCCUCAGCAGCGACCACAGAAACGUUUGUCCUCAACGCUGAUAGACAACAAGGAGGAAGUUGUCAGUUCACCAGCCAAAAAGCUUAAAAGCAAAGAGGAAAAACCCAUUAAAUAUGUGCCAUUCAAUCAGCUGCUGCGUGGCGUUGUUUUAGUCAUUAGCGGCAUACAGAAUCCAGAUCGCGCUGACCUGCGAGCGAAAGCUGUGGCCUUAGGUGCCAAAUACAAAGCAGACUGGGAAGCUGGUUGCACGCAUUUGAUCUGCGCUUUUCGUAAUACGCCCAAGUACAACCAAGUCAAGGGAAAGGGCAAAAUUGUGACACGCAGCUGGAUCGAAAAAUGUUAUGCGCUCAAAAAGUAUUUGCCAUGGCGUCGCUAUGCUUUAGACACUGCGGCAUUGGGUCAGCCGGAAAGCGAUGAAGAGAUCUUCGACGAGUCGCUUAAGCCCACAGUGGAUGAUGAUAAUGAUGAUGCUAAGGAUGUUGUAUUAGUUGAUAAAAUGGAGCAGAGUGCAUCAGAUCCCGAUACUGAAGAUGAACUAGAACGUGUUGCUCAGCAAAAGAAAUUAAAGCAAGCAAGUGACGAGAAUCGGAAUAAUAAUAAUAUUCAAAAAAAGUCCAACGAUUCAAAGAAUGUUUACGAAGUUAGCACAGAUGAAGAGGAUUAUCUGCAGGAAAUGCGCAGAAAAUAA